AUGGCCACCGAAACUUCUCUUGCAUAUCGCAUUCACCUCCUUGAGCGUGGUACUUCCUCAGCCGAAGGAAUCAAACGGAACCUCAAGUUGGAGGAGGUGCCAAAGCCCCAACCAGGGAUCGGCCAGGUGCUGGUGCGGAUGAAAGCUGCCGCGCUGAACUACCGAGACCUCCUCAUCGCCACGGACGAUGAGCGCUACGCGACCCGCACCCUCGCGCCCCUGGUGCCGCUAUGCGACGGCGCAGGCGUAGUCGAGAGCGUGAACGCGGCACCGGGCUCCUCGUCGAGGUGGCGACCCGGCGACCGCGUGAUCGUCGCCGCGGGGAGCUCGUGGAAGUCAGCCGAGCCGGGAACGGACGGCGAGCUUGACGGAACGAAGUUGCUGGGUGCGGGGGACGUCGACGGGGUGCUGCAGCAGCAUAUCGUCGCCGAUGAGGACGCCGUCGUGCCGGCGCCCGAGGGCCUCAGCUUCGAGGAGGCUGCUGUCCUCGGCGGUGCGUAUGUCAGUGCCUGGAAUGCCUUGUUUGGGUGGUAUAGGCCGUUGAAGGCCGGGGACGUCGUUGUAACCCAAGGCACUGGGGGUGUGAGCAUUGCGGUCUUGCAGAUAGCUACAGCCGCUGGGGCGAAGGUGAUCGCACUAUCUUCCUCCCCCGAGAAGCUCGAGGUUGCGAAGCGGCUCGGUGCGGCCCACGGCCUCGACUCCAAUGACCCGGAAUGGGACGCCAAAGUCCGUGAGCUCACCGGCGGGCGCGGCGCGGACCAUGUCGUGGAUGUGGUCGGCGCAUCGACGAUCGUCCGGUCGCUCCGCGCAACCAGGAAGGGCGGGCUCGUCACAGCCGUCGGGUUCCUGGGCGGCUCGGAGGAUCAUGAUUUGAUACCGGAAAUAGUCCUCGGUGCUAAGACUGUCCGAGGCAUUGUCUACGCAAGUAUCCCUAUGCUGGAGAACAUGAGUGCGUUUUUCCAGAAACAUGGCAUCAAACCGGUAUUGGGGCACAUUUUCGAGUGGACUGAGGCCAGCGAAGCAUAUGCGGCCCUCCUUAAUCUCAACACAGCGGGGAAAGUCGUCAUCAAAAUUCCCUGA